GUUUUUGCUGAAAUUGUUUUGGACUCCAAGCGAGUCGAGUCACGACAAAAAAAUCUCUGCUGCUAGAAAGUCUCGAACGGUCUCGUUUCGUCUUCGAGAGAUCCGAAUCUCAGCUCCAAUUCUCUCGAUCUCUUCCUCUCUCAAGUUCAACAAAUCGUGGUGGGUUGGUCUUCGUCUUCUCUACGCAAGUUAGUCUUCCUCUUCUGUCUUUUCGAUGUUCCCCUCAGUGAAAUCGAAAUCAAGAAUAAUCUAAUUUUUCACGGGAUUACGGUUUUUGCUACUGCAUAGCUCUCCAUUGGAAUCCUUGAAGAAUAGUUCUCCAUUGUUAACUGUGCUGAACAAGUCCUUGAUUCUCUCUGUUUCGUCUUCAAAAUCAAAACUUCAGUUCAAUUCCAUGGGGCCGAGAUGGAAAUGGAAAGGUGCUGAAGCAAAAGCUCUUGCAGAACCUAUUUCAGUAUCAAUAUCAGAGCUCCAGCUUUCUCUAGCCAAGACAGAGUCUUCGGGUACUCUCUCGAGUUGCAAUGUGCUUCUAGUGGUUGAGCCAGAGCAAGCUGAGCUUCUCGACCGUUGUUGUUUUGGCAGACUCAUUCUAUCUGUAGAAAAAGUGAAGAAAUGGAUUCAGUUAUCGUUUGAAGAAGCUUUCUUUUUGUUCUACAGUCUCAAAUGCAUCAAAAUCUCCCUUCAAGGUCGUUGCUUGGAGAAUGAAGUAGACACAUGGAUGUACAUGAAAUCAAAAAGACCAAACUUCCCAAUGUUUUACAAAGCUUAUUCACAUCUACGAUCGAAGAACUGGGUUUUGAGAUCAGGGUUGCAGUACGGUGUGGAUUUCGUGGCGUACCGUCACCAUCCAUCUCUUGUCCACUCUGAUUACUCGGUUUUCGUUCAGUCUGGUGACAGUGAUCGGUUAAGAUCUGGUGACAGUGAUCGGUUAAGAGUGUGGUCAGAUAUACAUUGUCCUGUUCGGUUAAGCGGAAGUGUUGCGAAAACGUUGCUGACUCUCUACGUCAAUGGUAACUUCAAAGGAGAGGAUUUGAAUCUACCUUUGUGUUUGGAGAACUUCACAGUAGAAGAACAGACAAUAAGUAGGUGGAGUCCACAACUUAGUCGUGAAGAUGAAACCACAAAUUCAAAACCAAAUGUUACCACUGUGAGUAAUUUUAAAACCCUUUGACGAACCUUUCCCUGUUAACUUUGAAUUUUACGUGUCAUUUUAAACUAUUUUUUACUUUAAGGUGCAUAUCAUAUGUUUAAGCAGUAAUAAUAUUGCUAGAUACUAAUCGCAACACAAAAAUAUACAAGAGCGAUCAUCAUCA